AUUGUAAACAUUUUCUUCCAGAACUACGUUGGCUCCAUUGAAACAAUAGGUGAAAAUCGGCAAUUGAUUGAACAGCUUGGCAAAGGCCGCGGCAUAAGCUACCGAGUUAACCUCCCGAUCCAGGAUCCACUUCCCCGUCUGACCAAACUGACGCUGAACGGGCGCACGAUUUGUACGGGACCCGGUGAGAAGUCUGACUUCGUAACCGAAGUCAAUCUGCGGCAUUUCAUUCGCUCGGACAGCAGCUACAAUAAAUUCAAUAAUGUUAAGAACGUUCAGAACAGUACACCCCGACCGGAAAUCUCGUCCAGUUCUGGUACUCCUUUGGUACCAACAGGUUUUUCCCAGCAACAGCAGCCGAAACAUCAGCAACCUCAGCAUCAACAGCAACAGCCUGAUCAGUUCCGGUUGGUGGACCACCGGGAAAAGAACCAUACGAUAGAACGGACCGAGCACGAGAUCACUCCCACCGGAAAUAACACAUCCUACAAAUACGUUAACCAGGUGGUUACCUACAAGGAAUACGUUUCGUCCCCUGCUUUGCAGAAAUCCGCCCAUUACUAUGUCAACACCACGACCCGCGAACAAGUUUAGUGCGAAGACGAUCGAUUGAAACCGGGAAUAUUAUUAAAUAUAUAUGUUUUAAGUAUUAA